AUGUGGUUUAUGACGAUGGGUAUUAAUUUGCACAGUGUAGUGAUGUCACAAGAAUUAAUCAUAGGCGGUUUCGUGAUUGGUGGAUUAAUCGUGUUAUCAUUCUUGGUGGCCUUGGUAGGAUUCAUCAGUCCCAUGAAACGAAAGAAUUGGUUGAUAGCUCAUUCAUUUUUGAUAGUAGCCUCGUCGCUGGGUCUGUUGGUGUUGGGUGCAAUCAUUUGGUUUGACACGUUGGAAGAACGGUCGCAUUUCAAUGACGAGUGGGCGGAAUGGUCGACUCCUAUGAAAGCGUUCCUUGAAGAUAAGUUAAAUUGUUGUGGAUGGAGCGACCCAUCCGACAAUCCCGUGACCUCCAACACAUGCAGCAGCGCAAACAUGAGUUCAAUCCAAGGAUGCAUGGAUCUCGUGAUAAAAUCGGCAGACGAAACUUCCCAACGAAUAUUCACCACCCUAUUUGGUUUCAUAGCUAUCGACGUGUUCGCGCUAUUGGCGACCGUUGUAUUGAUACAGGCGAGGAAUGUGGAGGAGAGGUAUCAAAAGAUCGACGAGAAACAUAGCAGUUAUGUGGAUAAUGCUUUGAAGAGACAGUAUGUCUAA